GCAGCUCUUUAGUCCGCAAAUAAACUCCCUAAAGAAAGAAACAAAGAGCGCGCGUGUGAUGUGUUUGUGUAUCAUCAGUGUUUUUCUCUCUUGCGUGUUUCAUUGAGUGUAAACAGAGUCUUGUCUCUGUGUAUUUAAGUGUUGAGACGUUAAUGAUGAGAUGUGCUGUAAAUCAGUAUGAACUGAUCUGUCCAUGCUGGAUAUAUUGAUGAUUUCAUCACAGAAAUCUCUCAGCUGGAGAAAGAGGUGGCGUUACUGGAGACAAAGCUGAGGAGAUUUAGCAAUUAAUCGUGAGGAUGUGGAUUGUUGUGAAUCUUCAGUGUAUGUGACUGAUGAUGGGAGUCUGGAUUCAGUGUGGAUGAGCAGAGAUCAGAGCCGCACACCACAGACACUGCUGGACUCUAAACUCUCUGAAGAGAAAUCCAGACACACACAAGACUCCGAUCUCAGUCUGACUUUACUCUGUUAUACUGAGUCAAAGCUCACAGACACUCAGGACACUACAGUGUGUGACAGUAAACAGAGCUUACAGGAGGAUCAAACCUCCACAGAGUCUCUGGAUUCUGUCUGUAACGCUGGAGAACAGCAGCAGAUCCUGCAGACCAAACUGAAGAUGUGUUCAGUUAAACUUAUCGACUGCACGAACCUCAUGAUGAAGAUUAAAACUGAACCCACAGAAAUCAAAACUGAACCCACAGAAAUCAAAACUGAACCGACAGAUAUAAAAACUGAACACACAGAAGAGGAAGAUCGCCCUGAUGAAGAUGAUGACUUUAUUACAUCAGGUGUGAAGAGUGAUUCAUGUUUGGAUAUAGAAAUAACGUCCUCAACAUCAAAAGAGCGACUGACAGCACAAACUCUUUCCUGCAUCACCUGUGGAAAGACAUUCAGCUCACAGAGACAUUUAGAGAGACAUGAGAGAAAACACACAGAACAGAAACUCUUCACCAGAUCUGAGAUCAGCUUUACUACCUUACAAGAGAAGAAACUGCAUUCAGAAGACCACAGAGAGAAGAAGAAGAAGCAGCAGUUUUACUGUGAGCAGUGUGGGAAGAUUUUUGGCUCUUCCUCUGAUCUAAAUGUUCACAUGAGGACACACAGUGAUGAAAAGCCUUUCAACUGCACUGAAUGUGGAAAAUACUUCAAAACCAAACACAAUCUUAAAGUUCAUCAGAGAAUUCACACAGGGGAAAAACCUUUCGAGUGUCCUCACUGUGAUAAGAGAUUUAGCCGUAAACAUAGUCUGAAGACACAUAUGCUUUUACACACCAAUGAGAGACCGUAUCAGUGCAGUGAAUGUGGAAAAACCUUUACGGAUUCACGUUCAUUAAAAAAGCACCAGAAUAAUCACAUUAAAGAGAAACUCUAUCAGUGUUCACACUGUGAUGAAUGUUACGGUUAUAAAUGUCAUCUGAUAAUCCAUGAGAGACGUCAUACUGGAGAGAAACCUUACGUCUGCGCUCAUUGUGGAAAUAGCUUCACUAAUUCACCUCAAUUAAUAGUUCAUCAGAGAGUUCAUACUGGAGAGAAACCUUAUCACUGUAGUGUCUGUGGGAAGAGUUUUAGUGUAAAGCAUGCAUUACUAAAGCACAAGAGACUUCAUACAGGUGAAAAACCUUUCAAAUGUUCACAGUGUGACAAGACGUUUACUUGUUCAAGUAACUUAAAAAAACAUGAAAGAGUUCAUACUGGAGAGAAACCUUAUCACUGUAGUGUCUGUGGAAAGAGUUUUAAUCAAGGGUCUACAUUAAUAAAUCACAAGAGACUUCAUACAGGUGAAAAACCUUACAAAUGCUCUCAGUGUGAUAAGACUUUUUCUCAGUCCGGUCAUUUAAAAUCUCAUCAGAGAGUUCAUACUGGAGAAAAACCUAAUGUUUGUGGGAAGAUUUUUAGUCAACAGUGA